AUGACCGACUCGAAGACUGCUCCCUCCCCGCAGGACGAUCGCCCUGUCUCGCCCGUGAUGGCCGAAGUUGUGCCGGGGGUUGACAUGGAGCACUACAGGGCGACUGUGCCCCUGUGGAAGCGGGUGUGGCAGCACAGCUUGACGCAGAUGAUGCUCCUAAGUAUCCAGGCGUUCUGCGGGCCCGCAAUGUCUGAUGCGAUUACGGGUCUCGGAGGAGGAGGCCUUGCAACUACGCGGGUGUCCAACAUCUCUAUCGCUAUCAACUACGCCAUGCUCGCGGUUGUCUGCUUCAUGGGCGGUCCCUUGGUGAACAAGAUUGGUGUCAAAUGGGCGCUGGUUCUCGGCUCAAUGUCCUUCCCUAUCCAGGGGUCUGCAUAUUACUGCAACAGCAAGUUUGGGAACCAAUGGUACCUCAUUCUCAGCGGCGCAAUCAGCGGCAUGGGCACGGCUUGUUGGUAUGUCGCAGAGGCCGGAGCCAUCAUGACACUUGCACCAACCGGUGCUCGUGGGAAGUAUUUGGCUCUGUGGAUUGUUUCACGGAAUCUCGGGCAGCUGGUUGGGGGCGCUAUCAAUCUCGCAAAGAACCACGAGAAAGGAGCAGACGGAGGCAUUACCCCGGACACCUACAUUGCUUUUGUAGUCAUCGAGUGCAUUGCUUUGCCAUUCGCGUUGAUGAUUGCUCCCUUCGAACGCGUUGUCCGGUCUGAUGGCACGACAAUCGUUACUGCAGAGACACUUUCCACCAAGCAGGAAUUCAAGCGCAUUGGAAAGACAGUGACUUCACGACUAAUUGUGCUCUCCGCUGGCUGGGCACUGUGGUCGUUCUUCUACACCGGCACCUGGACCACCUACUUGGGGACUUACUUCUCUGUCCGCGCCCGCGCUCUCUCGUCUCUGGUCUCGCCGUUCUUCUGCAUUAUUGGAUGCUUUGGCCUGGGGUUCAUCCUCGAUAUGAAAGGCCUCAGCCAGCGCCGCCGUGCCCAACUCGGCCUUUAUGUCGUUGUCAUUCUCAAUGUCGGCGUGUAUAUCUGGUCCAUCAUUAUGCAGGCCAAGUUCAAUCACCACAACCCGGGACAUAUUGACUGGGAAGAUGGGCUGUACCCGUCCUCUUUCCUGCCGUAUUUCUUCGUGCAGACUACGGGGCCGUUCUCGCAGUCAUACAUGUACUGGCUUUUAUCGUCGUUUGCGACAGAUGCGCAGCAAAAUGUCCGGAAUGGCGCUGCGUUCAGGUGCAUCGAAGCUGUUGGGCAGGCUAUUGCCUACGGCAUGAAUACCCAAACGACGAGUAACCCGCUUAUUGGAUUUAUUGUGACCUUUGCUCUGCUUGGAGUUUCACUGCUGCCGAUGAUUAUGCUUGUUAACUCGACGCCGGACCGUAUUCCUGCUGAUUUGGUGGCCGAGGAGGAGGCUGCUGCUGCCCGUGAGAAGGCUGAACGUGUUUAA